CAAAAAACUAAAAUCAUACACUUUAGUUUUAUUCCCAAAGAUGAUGAGACUGAGACCUGCUUUUGCUUUAUUGCCUCUCUUUCUUCUCUUGAUUAUAACAAUAGUAGAAUCAAGAAAAGAUCUAGGAAAAUACUGGAAGCUGGUAAUGAAAGACCAAGACGUGUCAGAGGAAAUUCAAGGUCUCCUUGACGCAAACAUUAAAAAGAAUUUCAAGACUCUGAGGCAGUCUUUUGAUGCCAAGGAAAAUAAAGUUGUAAAAGAUUUCGAACCAAGACCGAAUGUUUCGGUUUACGGAGAAAAUGACAUUGAUUUUAUGAAAAAUAAGGCAGCCAUCGAAGAAUUUGAACCAAAACCAAAUGUGUCAGUUUAUGGAAACAACAACAUUGAUGUUGAAGAAAACAAUAAAGGCAUCGAGGAUUUUGAACCAAGACCAAAUGUUUCUACUUAUGGGAACAAUGACAUAGACAAUAAGAAAAAGGAUAAAGAGGUAGAAGAUUUUGAACCAAGACCAAAUAUUUCUGCUUAUGGGAACAAUGACAUAGACAAUAAGAAAAAGGAUAAAGAGGUAGAAGAUUUUGAACCAAGACCGAAUAUUUCUGCUUAUGGGAACAAUGACAUAGACAAUAAGGAAAAGGAGAAAGCGGUAGAAGAUUUUGAACCAAGACCAAAUGUUUCUGCUUAUGGGAACAACGACAUAAACAGUAGGGAAAAUGAGAAAGUUGUAGAAGAUUUUGAACCAAUACCAAAUGUAUCUGCUUAUGGAAACAAUGACAUAUACAAUAAGGAAAAGAAGAAAGUUGUGGAAGAUUUUGAACCAAGGCCAAAUGUUUCAGCUUAUGGAAACAAUGAAAUUGGUGCUGAAUUCACAGAGGAUUUUGAGCCAAGACCAAGUGUCUAAAAAUAUAAUGCAUAAAUGUAGUAGAAUGCAACUUCAAUCUAUGGUGGAGUAUAUUUAAAUAAGGUGUUAAGCUUUUUGAAUGAUUGUUCUAUUUUUAUGAGGUAAGAAAUUGCUAGUGGAA